AUGAUGUUCCCGAUCGAUCAAGAGAUCCGCUUCAACGUAAACAAAUAUGCCGCCGCCUUUCCAUUGGAUCAGGCCAACUGGCAGCUGGUACCCAAUUCGGACGGUCACCUACACUUGGUUAACAUCAACCCGUACAACCUGCCAGAAGCAGAUCCCUCCGAUCCGGAGAUUCUUUUCAACCCGGAGAGUGAUAUCGAAUUCCGUCUAUUUACUCGAAGCAAUCCAACCCAGGCUCAGAUUUUGGACAUCAAUAACCCGGCCUCGAUCACCGGUUCAAACUUCAAUCCAGCACACCCUACCCGGUUCACCAUCCACGGAUGGAACGGCAACGGAGGCGAUGGUUUGAAUACCCGCACCCGCGAUGAGAUGCUCGCCAUUGGUGAUUUCAAUAUGAUCGCCGUCGAUUGGAGUGUAGCUGCCGUAAAUCCGAACUACAUCACGUCCCGAAAUGCCGUUGGACCUGCUGGAUUCGGAGUUGGGCGGUUGAUCGAUCGACUGAUUGAACUGACGGGAGCUAAUGUGAACAAUAUUUACGUGAUUGGGUUCAGUUUGGGAGCCCACGUCGCUGGAAACGCUGGAAAGCACCAUGGAGGCCACAUUAAUUCGAUCAUUGCUCUGGAUCCGGCCGGCCCACUGUUCUCCGCUGGACAGAAUGAUGCGGUUUCCCCUCAGGAUGGUCUCUACGUGGAAACGAUAAUGACCAAUGCAGGAUUGUUGGGAAUCAAUGAGCCGUUGGGUCAGUCAAACUUCUACCCCAACGGAGGACGUACUCAACCCGGAUGUGGAACUGAUGUUGCCGGAGGUUGUGCCCACGGACGGGCACCAACAUUCUAUAUAGAAUCACUUCGGUCUUCGGUGCCGUUCCGAGCAACGCGGUGUGCCAAUCAUGACGAGGUGUUGGCAGGAGUUUGUACUCCUAGCGGUCCGGAUGCCAACAUGGGAGGUCAGCCGUCCAACUUUGGUCGUGGUGUCAACGGUAUUUACUUCCUGACGACAAAUGAUGCGUCACCAUUUGCGCUGGGAUGAAUAAAGCUUAGUUUAGAAA